GCGAGAGGGAACAAGUUUUCUAGGGUUGGCGCCUCUAGGCUUGAUCUAUCGGGGGAUCCGGUGGCAUGGCAGAGAAUGCGCAGCGGAUGCUCACUCGUGCCGCUGCUAGGAAGUCGCAAGCUGAAUCCAAGCGCGCCGCCGUCUCCUCCGAUGCCGUUCCUCCAGCGAAGAAGCGUCGGCCGCUAGGGAUCUUGCCAAACAGCGCUCCAGGCGUCUCUGCGAAAUCCCGGAGCGCGGUUGCCGGGAAGAAAAAAGCCGCCUCAAAUGCUCCGGAGGAAGUCGUGCUCAAGGGCGUGAAAGACAUCGACGAUUCACAUGACAAUCCUCAAAUGUGUAGCGUGUAUGCUCCGGAUAUCUUCGACUACAUUCGCAGGAGUGAGGUCAGACAGAAAUAUAAUCCAGACUACAUGCAAGUGAUCCAGACUGACAUCAAUGCUAAUAUGCGAGCUAUCCUUGUAGACUGGCUAGUUGAGGUAGCGGAGGAAUACAAACUCGUCCCAGAUACGCUCUAUCUCACAGUUUCUUACGUCGAUCAAUACCUGUCGGCAAAUCAUGUCACCCGUCAAACGCUGCAAUUGCUUGGAGUUUCCUGUAUGCUAAUAGCCUCCAAGUACGAGGAGAUCUGUGCACCGCAAGUAGAAGACUUUUGCUACAUCACAGACAAUACUUACACGAGGGAGGAAGUCUUAGACAUGGAAAGGAAAGUCUUGCGGCAUCUGCGUUUUGAUCUCGCUGUCCCUACGACAAAAACUUUUUUAAGGAGAUUUAUCAGAGCUGCUCAAAGUUCUUACCAGGUCCCGUCACUGCAACUGGAAUUCUUGGGGAACUACCUGGCAGAGCUUACGCUGUUGGAAUAUAACUUUCUGAAAUUUUCUUCUUCACUUGUAGCGGCGUCAAUUGUUUUUCUGGCCAGGAUCACGAUAGACUCUUCUGCAAGGCCUUGGAGCACUACAUUGCAGCAUUACAGUGGAUACCGACCGUCACAACUUGAGGCGUGCGUUCUGGCAAUUCACGGCCUCCAAACAAAGAGUAGUACACUACCUGGCGUUCGGGAAAAGUACAAGCAGCACAAGUUCAAGUGCGUGGCUACUCUACAGCCGCCUCCCGUGCUGUUCUUCCAAUACUUCGACGAUAGCACGCUAGAGAGCUAGUUAUAUGUGACCGGACUGUCACUACUUCGUCGACUGUGGGCUUAGAAGGCGAGCCGAGCGGCAUAUUUAACUUCUCCUUGCGAGCUGGAGAAACUUUCUGCCAGUCUCCGCUGAAACUAAUCAUCGCGUUGCGCGAUAAGUGCUGUAAAUUCGUUUUUUGGAAGGCUGCUCCAGCGAGCCUCUGGAAUCAACUCUCAUAUAGCUAUGUUUUUUUCCA